AUGGAGAUGAUCAACACUUCCCUUAGAAGUGGUGGAGAUCCCAAGACAGCAGAUGCUUUCACCAUCAAUGGCCAACCAGGAGAUUUAUACAAUUGUUCCAAAGAAGGGACAUUCAGAAUGACCGUUGAUCAUGGCCGGACUUAUCUCCUUCGCAUCAUCAAUUCUAUUAUGAAUGAUGAAAUGUUCUUCAUGGUUGCUCAUCAUAACUUGAUUGUUGUCGGUAUUCAUGGCCCUUACAUUAAGCCCAUAAGGACCAGCUAUAUCAUGAUAAUCCCAGGACAAACCAUGGAUGUUCUUAUCAAAGCGAAUCAGUCACCUAGUCAGUACUAUAUGGCAUCUAGGGCAUAUGCCGGUGUGGUAUAUGGAAACACUACCACAACUGCAAUCCUGCAAUAUAGUGGAAACUACACUGCCCCAUCAACACUUUUGUUUCCUAAUCUUCCCAAUUUUACAGACAUUGAUUCUGCAACCAAUUUCACAGAGCGCCUAGCAAGGACCAUCCAGUAG